AAAGGAACAUCUAAAAAAAUUGAAUUCUUACCUGAGAUGGCCGCCAUGUGUGUCUUUGACUCACGUGGAUACUUGGCCCCGCAUUUCAAAUUCAACCCUCUUUCUUUCCUUUUCACCAUUAUUUUCAUUUCUUUAUUAUUAUACUUCAAACCCAUGGGGUGGGGCCUUCCCUCCCUCCUUCCCCUAUAUAAACGCCUAAUGCGUUCGAAAUAUUUUCCAUCACCCCAAACCACACACGCCACUCACUCACUACUACCAUAUCAAUUCCAAUUGUUCAAACGACACCUACAACAACAAAAAUUCCAUUUCCAAAUUAUUCAAACUAUGGAUUCUUCAUUCUUCCAAAACCCCAUUUCUGAAUUUUCCUUUGAUUCUUCUUCUUCUUCCUUCAACUCAACUCUAGAUCAAUACUAUUCUUCUGAUCAUCAUCAUCAUCUGUCAUGGUCAUGGGACUUUGUUGAUCACCACCAUCACAGUCAACCCUUGCCCCAGCUACCAUUCAAUGAGAACGACUCCGAAGAAAUGCUUCUCUAUGGAGUUCUUGCGGAGGCGCCCGCAGGAGGAGAUCACAACAACUCAUCGGAGACAAUAACUCAUUCCAACAAAGAUAUUCACGAAGAGGUGAAUUCUUCUAAUUCCACUCCCGAAGAGGAUCAAGAGAUUUCCUACAGAGGGGUUCGGCGGCGGCCCUGGGGAAAGUUCGCGGCGGAGAUAAGAGACUCCACUCGAAACGGUGUCAGAGUUUGGUUGGGGACAUUUGAUACGGCGGAGGAGGCAGCCUUGGCUUAUGACCAAGCAGCAUUUGCCAUGCGGGGGUCUUUGGCUGUCCUCAACUUUCCAGCCGACGUCGUUUAUCAGUCACUUGUGGAGAUGGAGUAUGGAUUCGAAGAGGGUUCGUCUCCGGUGUUGGCCUUGAAGAGAAGGCACUCCCUCAAGAGGAAGUCGUCAAUGAACAAAAAGAAGAAAUUAUCAGAUCAUCAAAAGAAUGAUGAUGAAGAUCAGUUGGUGUUGGAGGAUUUAGGCGCAGACUAUUUGGAGGAGCUUCUCCGCAUAUCUGCGAUGACCUAGCUACAAGCUAAUAGCGCUGCGAGCCGUCCUCAUAGAAAUUGUCCGUUUGUGUCGGCCAUGCCAUUUUUGGACCUUGUUUUUUCUUUUUUGGGAAAGUAAAGUUGGAUUGAGAAGGUGGAGAUGACGGGCACUCGGUGAUUCUUAGUUUCUUCUUAGAUAAAUGUUAUUCACCUUUGUUUCUUUCCUUGUAUAAAUUUCAAGAUAAUUGAUGAGUAAAGUAGCUUUUAAUUAGUCAACUAUGACAAAGAGAGAGAGUAGUUGGUGUACAGUUCUUUGCUAAUUAUUUUAGUCUAUAUUAAUAAUUGAUUAAUAGAUUCAAAGUAGUUGAAAAAAAGAAGAAAAAG